UCGUUGUUAUCGAUCUAUCGUUAAUACAAUCAUUAAAAAUUCAAAUUAUUCUGCUGAGAUUAUAGUGUGGCUAGCAAGAAAAUGUGGUUAACGGUAGGAUCAUACUGCGUGUAGAAAGAAAAUGAAGUUAAAUUUGUACAAUUAUGUAUUCGCGAGUGUGUUAAUUUCAGCCGAAGUAAUAACGUUAAUUAAAGAUAGCAAUAUCACGUGUGUUUUAACAGAAAAUUCUGUUAACUCCACUAUAUACGUAACAAAUGCCGAUAACCUUGUAAAACUUAAACGGACAAUUCCUGAAAUAAUCCAUAUAUAUGACGAUGAUUGGAAAUGGACAGGGUCGAGUGUUGAGUUUCGGACAGUACUUGACCAACGUUGGACAAAUUUUAGAGCAGACUUUGUGAGAUCUAGAGACCGAUUCUCAUUGUGUUUAAAACAAGAUUCGACAAUUAUUUUACAUAACAAGAAUUACGAACACUCUAAAAAAAUACAAAUAAGAAAUUUGAAUGGCACCGACUCCGCUUGCCAGUGGCAGCACUACGAAAUAAAAAAUACUAGACAUGUAAGUCUAGUCAACUCUGAAAACAACAAUGUUGUUAAUGUAACAAAACUGGACUUUGAACCGGAGUGGCUAACGUUUUAUCCAGACAAUUUAAAUAGAAAAGUACAUAAAUAUCAAUUUCGAUACUCUAAAACACCUAGCACAAAUCUAACAUACAUUAACAUAACAUCAUUGAGUUGCGUCUCUUUCUAUGUUUCUGUUGAUGAAGGAUCUUAUCUGAUGAUUUCGGUACAACCAGCAAACAGCAUUACAAGAAUAGCUGGAUUUAACGAGAAGAACAAAUUAAAACAGUGGAAAAAAUACGAAAUAAGGACUGAUCCUAACGCGAUUAAUCAAACGCUUUCGAUUGACAGAAGACGAUGCGACAACGGUAAAGAGGGUUAUUGGGCAAUUGAUGAUGUACAUAGUUGUAGUUCUGAAACAGUUAUUUAUCGAACAAACUUGAGUACACCCUGGACUAACCAGACGUGUGCGGAACUAAAAAAAACGAGUUCUUCAAAUGAACUUUGCAACAAUUCCUCUCUAGGAAAAAAAUGUAACAUUAAAUGCGAUGGAGUUUUGGGGCCGAAAUAUCCCAAUUGUGAGGAACAUCGAAUAUGUUUGUCAGAAAAUAAAUGUCACUGUGCCUGGGGUUUCAAGGGAGAAAACUGUAGAGAAGAAUGUGAAGAAGAUUUUUGGGGAUUAGAUUGUUUGAAAAAUUGUAUUAACUGCGAAAAAUGUGAUAAGAAAACCGGAUGUCAAAAAUGUAAGGCACAGUACUUCGGAGAACAAUGUGUGUAUAAAUUUCCCGUCGUGAAAAAGGCACCUAUUUUAGAACCUAGCGACGACGAGUCGAUAAGAAUUUUAACAAAUAUUGAAUAUGGACGAGACGAAGAAACGCCAGAACAUUAUUAUAUUCAGUGGAAAAAGCUUGACAAUGGUGGGUUCAAAAAUUACACAGACCAACAAUUCUCCAUUACAAAAAAUAAUGAAUCGUUCCCAACAAACAUUUCGCGGGAUCAUUCUUAUCAGUUUAGAAUAAUAUUGGUUAGCCAUAAUUCAUCAUUUCAAGAAGGUACCAUCCCGAAGUUAACCGUAUAUAAAAAAUCUUUGACUGAACAUGUGAAAGACAAUGAUACGAUCAUAUUAAACUGGAGUAAACCUGAUCUAGAUGAAACUAUUACGUGCAAGAUAACACAUAAGUGUAAAAAAUCAUUCUGCGCCGACGAAGCAAACGAAAAAUAUAACACCACAUCUAAAACAAGUAUCGAACUGACUAUAACACACUUUAAAAUAUGUACCAUCAAGUUGUUCUUUACAAAAUAUGGAAGCGAUGAAUUCAUAGAGCAAAGAACUGUGAUACCUCAAAUUUCAACGAAGGAAAUAUUUCCCGCAGAAUUACCAAGAAAUGUUAUCUUCUUGAAAAAUCAAAUCGUCCUCGAAUUAAACAAAUGUGACAGUUUUACUGGACCGUUGAAAUAUUUAAUUGAACUUAUAUGCACAAGCGAGUGGUGUGCACAUAAAUCUACUAAAAUUGAUCCCUAUCAUUUACUAAAUUACUUAGCUAACAUUACUAGAGAUGUAAAAGAUUUAUCACCAUUUACAGAAUACAGCAUCAUAGUAAUUGCGAAAAGGACUGGUCAGCAUGACAAAAAACAAACUUAUUUAACGAAAUCAAUGCCGUCAGCACCACAACCAGUGAAUAGUUUACAUAUAUAUUCUAAUGACGAAGACACUUUAUUUAUAAGAUGGAAGGAAUCAUUUCCACCAACAGGAAAAAUAGAAGCCUACAAUGUUGCUCUCAGCGAUAACACGUCAAUUCUUACUACAACGAAUCGUACGUUUUCUUGCGAAAUGUGGCCCGAAUUUCAGUGCACAAAUAUACCUCGGGGAAGAAAAGUUAGCGUUUACCAAGUGACUGUUCACGUAAAAAACUACGAAGUUGCUGAAUGGAGUGAGUCUAGUUUUACUGUAAAUGUCGAAAAUGUAACUCAAGCACCUCAAAAUUUGCGGAUCGAAUUAAGUCCACAAUCAACGAACGAAGUGAUACUCAGAUGGGAGUACCCACUUUACACACAUGGAAAAAUUGAAAAAUUCCGUACAGUACUAAACAGCAGCAGUGGGACAGAACAUGAUACGAUCCAAGUUUUCAAAGAGAUAAACUAUAACAAAACUAUUAAAAUCAGGUAUGGUGAAAGAUACAAGUUCACUGCUUGGGCACAAAACGCUCAUGAUGGUGAAAAAACAGCGAUUUAUUUCGUAGUCUCUAAACCCAUUUCUAAAUUGUCAAAUGAAGCUUUUAUAUUAUGGUGUAGAGAAGAAUGUCGUUUAGUAAAAUCAAAAUCAAGAUCACAAGUAAAUACGAAUUACAACAUUACAAUAAAACAACAUAAUGGAAUCACAGAGGAACACGAAGCGAAAGGAUUAAUUUUUCUUUCGAAAGAUAAAAUUCUAUGCAUGGAAAAUAAUCCACCAUGCGACAUCCAUUCAGAAUUCCAAGACGUGGCAUAUCAAUCUUAUUUUCUAAAAACAGACCGUGAAGAAAUUCCUAUCGAAUUUACAGCUACUGAAAAAAGGAAGAUUAUUAUUAUUCCGGCAGUUGUGCCAAGUGUAAUCCUUCUCGUUGCCUUACUUGUAGGGAUAUGUUAUUAUAGAUACAAACUUAAAUCUAAAGUUUCAAAAGUUCCUGAAAUGAUUGAAGUUAAAGAAAAAGAAACAUUAAUCAACACAAGUAACCAAACAAAGAUUUCCUUUGGGCCCGUGGACAUUAAUGAAUAUGCAGUUUACCUUUUUGCGUCAUUACGAGACGAUAUUUAUCAAAGUUUACUUACACAACAAUUUCAGGAGGUACCAACAAGAAAGGCUGCAGAUUGUAUCCACGGCCGGCUAAACAAAAACGUCCAUAAAAAUCACUACAAGGAUAUUUUGCCAUAUGACGACACGAGGGUGAUUUUGAACGAUAACGAAAAUGAGGACUACAUAAACGCAAACUACGUUGAUGGCUAUGAACACCCGAAAGCAUACAUCGUUACUCAAACUCCUUUAACGUCUACCGUUCACGACUUUUGGUCAAUGAUAUGCCAAGAAAACGUAAAAAUAAUAGUCAUGUUGUGCAAGCUGGAAGAGAAAGAGUGCAGUAAAUGCCAAAAGUAUUGGCCAAACGAUUUUUCUCACUUUAGGUUCGGAUCGUUCUUGAUAGAAUGCGUUUCCGUAACGCAAAACUUGAAUUACAUCCACCGAAUCCUUGAGGUGAAGAAAAAAAAUAAGACUCGUAGAGUUCAGCAUUUUCAGUACCUUACCUGGACUAUUCAAGGCAUACCCUCGUGUGUUAAAACCUUUACCGCUUUUGUAAAGGAGUUAAUCGGAUUACGGGAUCAAUAUCCUGUUGUCGUUCAUAGCGAAGGAGGUUGUGGAAGAACAGGAAUGUACAUUUUAUGCGACAGUGUUAUAAGAAUGACCAUGAAAGAAAAGAAGGUCGAUUUUUUUCAAACGCUAAGUAAGAUGAGAUAUCAAAGGGACGGUGUGGUGAGUAAUGUGGAUCAGUACAUUUUUUGCCACUUUGUGCUGUUGGAAUUUUACUUUCCUUCUUCGAACGCGUCGAAUAAUUUUGUGUUGGAAAUUCAACAAGGUAUGCAAGAAACUGCUAUAAAACGUCUCGUCGAUCGCUUAGACGAUGCUGUAAGGCAAACCCGUAAUGACAAAGAUAGAGGUUUUAUGAUUUCUGAAGACAACAGGUCCAACAACAUGAGACCUAUAUCUGUGGACUGCUUCAAUUUUCCCAGAAGAUUCAUUGUAAUAGAAGAACCUUCACAAAAUACUUUACGCAGUUUCUGGAAUCUAGUUAUAAGCCACGAAGCCGAGAUAGUAGUAUGGUUAAAUGGAACAAAUCACAACCACGAGGACUAUUCAAGUUUCUGGCCUAAAGACGCUCUUCACUGGUUUGUUAACGAAUCAAAUAAACUCGUUUUCGUUUGUCAAGACGACAGUAAUGAUAUAUACAACACAAUCACUGUUAAAAUCGAUACAAUUGGAAAGUCUGAAGAAAAAUUCGUUAAAAUCUUAUACGUUAAAACCUGGGAACGUACAAAUGCUACGCCUUCGAGCACAAAAGACUUAAUUCAAAUUUACGACAAAAUUGCACCAUACAACGGGCAAAUUGUUGUCGCGUGCUACGAUGGAACAACAGCUAGCGGCCUUUUUGUAGUAUUGGUUUCAUUGUUGGAGGAAAUUAAUAAGCAUCGUUCUUGCGACAUUUUUGAGGCCGCCUACACCGCCAAACGAAGCUGUGCUGAGUUUUUAAAAAAUACUGAACAAAUCAGAUUUCUCUACAUGGCAGUUUUGGAAUACGUUCGAGAAUUUAACGUUUAUGAAGUUCUACCUUAGAUAAAUUAAGUUGAUGUUUAACUCGUUUACUAUACCUACACCGAAUGACUAUUAAUGGCUGUGAUCUUUUUGUCAGGUUGGCAAGCUAUUUAAAAUUUUAUGAUGGUAUAUCUGACCGUCAAAGUGAGUUUUAUGACAACUACCAUCAUCUCAACCAAUCAACACGUUUGUUAGACGUGCUCAUAUCAAAACCGAUAACCGUCAUGGAGGUAGAAUAAGAGGAGGGAAGAUAGUUUGAAAGGGCGUGUGGCAUCGUCCUUUCGACUGUCUUUUCCAGCUCCUCCGAGAAACUGGUUGUUCCAGUGGUGUGCUCGAAAACGCUUGUCGAGGGACUGGACAUAUGAUGAUUAAAUAAAUAUAUGUCAAUACUGUACAUGUAUUUAAUCAGUGUCAAUGGUAAAGGUCAUGAAUGGAUAAGGAUCAAAUUCUUUUGCUACUUGCUACCUGUUGAUAAUGUAGUACGGAAAGGGUCAUAAAUGGUUAUUACGUGGAGCCCUUUGUCGGCGGUUCUUUAACAUUGGUUAAAUGAAGCAUGCUCCCUCCUGUCAUCCUAUCUCCAUGAUAACUGUGAACUAACUAACAUCGAUGCCAAAUUCAGAAUUGCUAACACAAAAAUUUGCUUCUAUCAUUAAUAGUCACCCGGUACAUAUAUCUAACACGAAAUAAUUAUAUUGUUCCGGUUCGAAGUUUGUUUAAAAUUUUGUUUUGAUUUUGUUUGUUUUCCCGCGGAUUGCUGACAAGUGUAUUUUGGUCACUUUCCACUAGAGGCGCCAUAGUACCGAGCAAAAGGGCCCGGUACUUGGGGUUGGCGCUGUUAUCGAAGAGAGUCAUCGAGAAACCCUCAGAGAGGUAACAUCGCUAAGGUGGGCGUUAAGUGAACGCAGUUGCCAUCUUGUGUGACGUCAAUCGCGAAUUGUUGUCGCGAAACUUAGACACGUGGUUCCUUUGUGCAUGCGGUCUACAAACCCUCAACCCAGGAGGCUGAACAAAACAAGCAAUGGAACAACAGCCAGUGGCCUUUUUGUGGCGUUGGUCUCUUUGUUGGAAAAAAUUAACACACACCGGGGUUGCAACGUUUUUGAGGCCACCAAGACCGUCAAACAAAACUGUGCUCAGUUUUUAAAAAAUCCUGUACAAAUUAGAUUUCUUUAUGAAGCAGCGUUGGAAUAUGUUCGAAAAUUUAAUAUUUGUGAAGUCGUAGUUUAAGUCAUUUAAAUUAAUAUUGAAUUCAUUUAUUUGUUCAUAGUGAAGAAUACAAAUAUAGGUUAAGUUAAAUUUAACAGUAAGAAAAAUGUAAUGGAAAUAAUUGUCUCACGAUUAAUAAAGACCCUACAAAUUUA